AUGCUGGCCCUGGCCGUAGAGGGCGGCGUGAUGGAGCCCGCCGCGCCUCCAUCUCCACCGCCUGGUCAGUGGACACUGGUGGCACCUCCGCUGUCGGCGCAGCUUCGCAGCAGGAGCCAGCCAACGGCGGAGAAUCGGCAGCAGCAGGAGGCAGUCACGGAGCUGAUGGAGAUGCCGACGCAAUGGGUCGGCGCGAACUCCACGAAGCCCGAGCUGCCGCAGGACAACAGCAAGAAGGAAAAGAGGGAUAAUAAUAACAAGUCGAAGCGGGAGACCAAGAAGGCCAAGAAGGCUGAGGACCUCUUCGACAUCUUCAGCGACGACGAACACGAGGACUACUACCUUGAUGGCGACGACGCGGCCGAUGGCUGGGCGUGCUGGCAUCGCGGCAAGGUGCCCGAGGACCCGUUCACGGACGUGAGUAAGCUGAAUAUGGAGGCCUUCGCGAAGACGGAGUGUGCGCGGGAGGCCCGCCUCGCCCUGUGGCGGCUGAAGGACUACAAGAAGUACGAGUUCGAGGGCGACGAGGGGAGCUUCAAGGAGCUGACCGUGGCCCACGACAGCGAUGACAUCUUCGCGGAGCUGGCGGCGGUGCCUCCGUUCCCCAUGUCCGACAGUGGGCACGAGGACUCCGAGGUGCUGACCGCGAGCGCGGAGGCGGACACGUGCGACGAGAUCUCGCUGCUCGUCAAGUCCUUGUUCGAGGAGUGUAAGGAAAGCUUCCUGGAGUUGCUGCGCGCGCAGCCCGAAUGCCAGGGCGCGCUGAAAGCCUCCCUUCCGCACCUGGAGGAGUAG